UGAGUAAUUGAAAGGAGACAAUAACUGUCUUUAUAUUUGAUUACCUUUAACCUUUCAUAUGUCUUUAGUUAAUAUUUGUCUCUUCAAAAUAAGAGAUUUGAUGGCAGCGGCCUUCCGUGGCCUUUUUUCGAUCAGGCUCUGAAGUGGAUGCCCCUAGCCGAGGGGUCCUCUGGGUAGCCAGAGAUUUACGAUUGAUGAUAGCGAUGGCGGCUGGGCGAGGUGGAUGGCUUGGGCCAGCUUUUGGGCUGAGGUUGCUGUUGGCUACUGUGCUUCAAGUGGUGUCUGCUUUCAGGGCAGAAUUUUCAUCAGAGGCAUGCAGAGAGUUAGGCUUCUCUAGCAACUUGCUCUGCAGCUCAUGUGAUCUACUUGGACAGUUCAACCUACUUCAGCUGGAUCCUGAUUGCAGAGGAUGCUGUCAGGAAGAAGCUCAAUUUGAAACCAAAAAGCUCUAUGCAGGAGCUAUUCUUGAAGUCUGUGGAUGAAAAUUGGGGAGGUUCCCUCAAGUCCAAGCUUUCGUCAGAAGUGAUAAACCCAAACUAUUCAGAGGACUACAAAUCAAGUAUGUUCGUGGUUCAGACCCUGUACUAAAGCUUUUGGACGACAAUGGGAACAUUGCUGAAGAACUAAGCAUCCUCAAAUGGAACACAGACAGUGUAGAAGAAUUCCUGAGUGAAAAGUUGGAACGCAUAUAAAUGUUGCUUUAGUUUUGGCCUAUUUUGUUACCUUGUCAAAUGAAAUAUUACAGCACCUAGAAAAUAGUUUUGCUCAGUCUCUUAUAGUGAGGCAUUAAACAUCUAAUUAGAAGUUGAAGUGGCAGCACAGCUCUUGAUAGCUAAGGAGUUGGCAAGCUUCACAAACCCCGUUUUUUGUUUUUUGGUUUUUUUUUUAAUAAAUUUCUGUCCUCCUGCAUUUGUUAUACCACUAACAAAAUGCUUUGUAAUAGGCUUCUGGUUAAUUAUGCAAAUGAUAGUUUGUGAUAAUUGGUCUGGUUUAUGUACAACCCAUUUUUAAAUUAGAGAGGUUAAUAAGAGAUGAUUGCUAUGCCUCAUGUGCUGUGUGCUAUUUUGAAAGUAAUAACAGAAAACUACAAAGCAAAUAAGACAUGCCAAGCCUCAACCGCCUGAUCCUCAUAGCCUCUCAUAUUUGUGUAUUACCCUAUUUUCUUUUUAAUGGAAAAGUUAUAGUUUGUAAUGAAUGUACUGCUUAAAAACUUGAUAGCCUAAUUAUUGUAAAACAUUCAAGAGCUGCAGUGAGAGUGAAACAUUCACAAAGAUUUGUAUUAAUGAAGACUACACAAAAAACCUUUCUGAGGAUUUGUGUAGAUCCGAUAUUUAGCAAAUUUUUGUGUUUUACAUUCUUACUGAAAAGUUCCAUUUAAAAAUGACCAUUUACAAGACCAAAAUAUAAAUAAAAACUUUGAAAAUCUA